AUGGCUUAUACUUACAAUACAGGUAGUUCCCAUCUUAGUAGACACAAGUGUGCAUUAGUAUCAAGAGAGUCUACAAGUUCAAUGCUUUCAUUUGUAACCAAAAAAAACAAAUCUCUACCAAACAAUGUCAUCAACGAAUGUAAGGAAAAAUGUAUUCAAUUUGUCUGCCAAGAUAUCCGUCCUAUGGAUAUAGUUUCUGGACCGGGAUUCAAAUCUCUGGCUAGCUAUUUAAUAAAAGUUGGGUCACAGUUUGAACAGAUAGAUGUUGAUGAUUUAUUACCACACCCUACAACUAAUUCGAGAAAUUUAAUAAAAAAUAGUGAUACUAAACGUGAGCAAUUAUUUACAAGUAUAAAGCCUUUUUUGAUAGAGAACAUAGUCUCAGCAACUACUGACAUGUGGACUGAUAACUACAAAAAAAGAUCAUAUGUAGCGCUAACAUUACAUUUUAUUGAUAAUUGGAAACUAAAAAAUUACUGUGUUUACACAGGACAAUUUCCUGUAGAUGAAAAAAAACAGGAGAAAAUAUCAAAAAGUGCUUAA